ACGGCCUCCGGCCCAGCGCCCAGCGCCCGGCCCCUGCGGCGAAGUUCCAGAUAGACUUGCCAGGCGUAGUUGCAAGUCACUGCGCCAUGGCAGGCCAACGGAAGCUUCAAUGGCUGCGCAAAGCUGGCGCCUUGAAAAUGCAAGAACCUCCAAAGAGCAUUGAAGAAUUCUUAAAGUUUCAAAAUUGGGAUUACUGGCCCAGGGAAAUCAAGUGGACAGAUAAUGAUACGUGGAUAUACACCCUGAAAAAAAUAAAAGAAGACAGUUCAUUUACUUCAAUUUAUACACAGCUAUGGAAUAAUGUCCCUCGAAUAUUUGAAACAAUCACAGCUAUGGAUUCAAGAUUAAAAGAAUGUUCACAUCUUUUGCAGGACCAUGCUUCUAAACUGUUUGAGCAGGAUAGCAUGAUUUCCAGGACAAGUUCUUAUGAAAAAUUGAAAAAAUACAAGGCAUUUAUAAAGAAGUAUGGAAAACAAAAGAAGAUAAUGCUUUCAGAUGAGAUGGAAACAGAGAAGAAUAUAGAGGGUUACAACUUCUCAGGAUUCAAAACAAGUGAACUUACUGAGUUACCCAGACAUUUGGAUGCUAAACGAAUUUAUCUUUUUAUUUUAAAAAGUCAUAACUUUGAUGAAAGAGUUCUUAGGAUUUGGAAAAUGCAUUUCCUCUCAGAAGCCUCCAUUGCUCUUUUGCAUGACUGCUUUUGGUGGUGGUUUCUCCAUAAAUUUAAGCCUGACAGGAAAGAUCAAGAUCGCCUAUUUGAUAGAAUUGCAGAAAGUUAUGUGACACUUUUCAUGAGCAUACCUAUCAGUAGAAAAGAUCCAUUCCUUCAGGUAUAUCCUGAUUGUUUGACACAAGCUAUCUAUGCAACAUUCUUGGAAGCAUUUCCAGAAUCUAGUAACCUCUUUAAUGAUCAAUUUAAAGAAGAUCUAGGAAAUAACAUUUUUCUUUGGUUGUCAGGUCUGAAACCUCAGAAAGGCUUUUGGACCCACUGGAAGCUAGAUGACCUCUCUUCAACCACCAUACACGGGAGCCGGAAGGCACGUGCAAAAUCAAUACAGGAGAGGAUCAGAAGAAGCCAAGAGCGCAUAUCAGCUAGUAUUGACUUCAGUAUGACAAAAAUUUUAAAGAAUCCAAGAGCAUACACAAUGUCCUCAUUCAAGGAAGACUCCGGCAUAUGCGGGCCAACAGCAAAGUCCCACUAUACUAGCCCUGGUCCUGAGUUUUACCGCAUUCUCUUCAAUUUUGGUGGUCAGAGUCCAGUGAUUUUAUAUUAUCUUAAGAUGCAUGAACUAGAGGGUGUUUCCAACACCCCAAAGCAAAAGAAGAUUAAAUUCACUGAAAUACUCCAAGAACCAGCGCCUGCUCCCACGUACUGCGAAGUCAUCAAGGAGGCAAGGAGACGAUUCGCGAGCAACCAAAGGGAGUUCAGGAUAGAAAUGCAAAGAAUUAAUGAAGAAAUAAAACUCUUAAGACAGCAACAGCAACGAAUAAACAAGGAGGUUGGCAGACUCCAAAUAAAGGCUACCAAGAAGCCUUUUGAAGUUGAGAAUGAGUUCGAGAAGUUCCUGCAUAAACUGCACACCAAGGCUCAGAAGCACAGAGAAUUGGUGACGUCAGCAGCAUCGUCAUCACCAGCAGCCACAGCGGACUGCAAGUGGGAGGAGGAAGGACGUGAAGGGAAACCAAAGGCCAGCUCCAUUCCGAAUAACGUGGACGACUCGAUGAAAUCUAUCGUGUUUCUCCACCACCUGACUGCCACACUCGACCCCUCACUACUUCUUGCAGCGCGGCUGGGAUGUCCUGUCGCAUCACGGCCCUGAGAGUCCACGGAACAUCCGCGUUCCGCAGAGACCCCUUCCGCAAUCCCCGCCUCUUCCGGGCCAGCGCACGCCUACCUCUGCCACGAAGCUCUCCGAGAACCGGAUGGUCCGAGGCAUCCACGCCUCCCAUGUCUGCACAUCUCUGUACCACCCACGCGCCCUUUCCAGUCAUCGCCACAGCACGUGGCGUAGGACGGCGGGACUCUGCCCUUUGCACCUUCCUACCCUUGCUUACAGCGCACCUGUCCUGCAAUUCCGACCUAAGAAGGAAGGAGUUCCUGAUUUAGCUUUCUUCUGUUAACUGAAUUGUGGGGGAGGGAGGUAAGAGAAUAAAGAGGGAGGAAAAAAGGGCAAAGGAAAACUCGAUGCAUGUCUGAAAAAUAAGGAGUAUGCUCCCAUUUUAACACUGCGAAUUAUUGUAUUGUUAUCUUCCCACAAAAUGUUAAAUUAAAUGAGGCAAUGAUUUUGCUGGUCUUACUGACUGC